GUCGUUUUAUCUCGACCUUAAAGUCUGUCCGGAACCACAGAUAUACCACAGUGCUUACCGGAAAGCCACCGUGGUACCUUCUCAUAGUCGCCUCAUGGAGGUGUAACGACUCAGCUGUGAUAUGUGUAUCUUUAAAUUUUCUGUGUGACAUUUUACAUGCAUAUGUGUUUUUAAAAAAACAAGAGUGAAUCACUUGAAUGUUACGACUUUAGAAGACUGUUAUAUUCCAUUAUAUUUUUAUGCCAACAGGUUUCUCCCGUGUGAAAUAUGAUAAAGUUCGCUUCUUAUCAUGUCUUAUUUCGGAAAUAGGAUUCUGACGUCUUAAAGGAUCAUUUCAUUGUAUCCGCGUAUGGAUAACCUCCCACUAACAGCGUUUACAGAUAUCGCUGAUAAGAGACCUGGAGGUAAAAGCGGUGUUAAGCUUGUCUCCAGGAAUUGUCUACUUGACCUGAACACUCCAAAGGUGUAGCAUACGAACUACAUUGGAUAUAAGUGCUAUGUAAAGUCGUUCUGCCUGCUUGAUGUGGCUAGAAUCAUGACACAUGUAUCAGACUUGUUGAGUUCACCCAGCUGUUCAAUGAUGCGGAAACCGUCAUAAUGGAAUGGGGACACUGCCAAAUAUGAACCCGAAGACAAGUUGAACAAUGGCGCCGUUCUGUUAUAGGAUACACUAGAGUAAACACAAAUGGAGGAAGUCAAUACUCCGAUACUUCCCGAGAUCAACCCGGGAUUUCGGGUCGGUGGUGUAUCACAAUCUCACGAGCCGCCGGGUAGAAGUUGGGCUCGAAUCAGAACAUACCUGAUCGACAAUCCUAAAGAUGACGAUCUCAAACGACGGCAGGAUAUCUGGAAUUACCAGCAGAGGAACAGGGGUGUCGUCAAGUCAUUAAUGAAAUCUAUUCCAAAUGUUCCAUACCGAGUUAAAAAGCCAAGAAUGGAUAAAUUCAAGACGGCCCCCCGAGGCAGUCAAGGCCUUAACCAUUUAGGCGGGGACGCUGAACAUGGACUUCAUGGCAUUCAUCUCCCAAGGAUUGAGAGAUAUAGGGAAUCUCCUACGAGGCGACACAAUUUACCACCACGAGAUAUUCCUAUGACGGAUCGGAAUGAAAAUACAGAGAACACCGAAUCAGUGAAACAGAGAUUAACUUACAAAUACACGGAGAGUGAUGGGGUGCCGGUAUAUGAAGUAGAGACACAAGUAGUUGGUCCAAGGUUUCCACGCAUGCCAGAUUCUGUUUAUCGAGGAACACAAAAUGGAAGUUUGCUUUCUACCGGAAAGAAGGUUUCUUUUUCUUUAAAUGAUUUACCAUCAGUAGGCCGUAGGGUGGAAAUACGGGGAUCUUCAGCGUCUUCGUCGUCAGGUUCCAGCGUUGUGUCUGACGGUGCUCUGGGAAGUUACGGACCGAGCAGCCAUCAUAUAGGCCCGGACGCGCCAAAGUCUGUGUGGGAUUAUAUCAACAAUCAUCAGUUGGGGGAUGGCAGAAAUGUUGGUCCCGGAAAGUGUGGUAAAAACAUACCAAAAUUAACAGAUAACUUUGGAAAGGUAAACGAAUCGAAAACGGACAGAGAGUGGUUUGAAAAAAAUAUUGGUGAUAAAGAAGUAAUAAAUACAACAAACUAUGAAAAUUUCGCUAGAACAAAACCGAUUGGUGAUCACUUCAACCAAGGACCACCACCGCCGCGCCGUCUACCGCCAAACGAACUGGCGUUACUACGGAACAAGGCUCAAAACAAUGGAGUUAUCUCUAAUGGAAAUAUCCCUAUAACAAAAAAAUCCCCUCCAUCAGUGCAAUCGUCCCCGCGAUCAAAUAUAGGAUUAAAUAUAGCAACGAAAACGCCAGUGCUCUCUCCCUCAGGGAGCGUGGGGUCAUACUUUCCAAUUUUUUCCCGGGAUGGUUCACCGAUGAGGAAAAUUGGAGGGACAAAAAAACAGAAGCUACAAAGUUUAUCACCUGUUAAACCUCCUCCUUCUAUGACCCCAACAAAAUCUAACACGGCGGAAUAAUAUCAAUGUGUUCGUUAACAGUGUCUCUGGAUAAUGGAGUUUAUGUUUCGUAUUAGAUAAAGUGUUUAGAUGUUUUGGUGCGAUGAAAGCCGUGAAGAAAUUUGGAAAUAAGUGAGCGUAUAAUUCUUGUUUAAACAACGGAAUGCAUUGUACUCGCAAUGGCGUGACGUGCACUAAUCUACUCCUCAUCUACUCAUCUGAUGGUUUGAUCUAUUUACUUCAAAUUUUCGAUAAGUUCCUUAGAAUAGACCACAAAGUAAACAAGGAGCAAUUUAUUUAUCAAAACAGAAAGCAAAAUAAUAUGUCACUUUUCUUCUCUCUUAUCACUGUUUGCUAUCGCUUACAUUUACUAGUCAAACUAAAAAUAACAAUUGUUAUUGUCAUUACUGUCUUUAAAUAAACAAUCUGUUACAUGCCCUUAUAUCAUAUUGAAAGCUAUAAGUCGCGAUCGUCGAUUAUACAGCGACAGCUAUGCACUGCAACAGUAGUGACCUACAAAAAUAGAUUGUGAACUGUUAAAGUUUCGUCUUUCACCUGGAGGGUCUACCAUUUACAUAGGGUUGUUUUGUCACGCGAUGCUUUGAAACAACUGUUGAUAUGGGUAAUUUCUGUCUAAGUUAUAAUCGUUAUGUUUUUACUGUUUUAACGUUUUCCAUGUGUGUAAUCUGGUGCAUUUAUAAAACUGUUAUACCUAUCGUUGAUGUGAUGUGAUUGAUGUAUUGAUAUAACUGUUAUAACAAUUAUGUAUGUCACGUGAUGGAUGUAUUGAUAUAACUGUUAUAACAAUUAUUUAUGUCACGUGAUGGAUGUAUUGAUAUAACUGUUAUAACAAUUAUUUAUGUCACGUGAAGGAUGUAUUGAUAUAAGUGUUAUAACAAUUAUUUAUGUCACGUGAAGGAUGUAUUGAUAUAAGUGUUAUAACAAUUAUUUAUGUCACGUGAUGGAUGUAUUGAUAUAACUGUUAUUACAAUUAUUUAUGUCACGUGUUAGAUGUAAUGGUAUAGUUUAUACCAAUUAUUAAUGUCACAUGAUUGAUGUAUUGAUAUAAAUCUUAUACCAAUUAUGUAUGUCACGUGAUGGAUGUAUAAAUAUAAAGCUUAUACCAAUUACGUAUGUCACAUGAUUGAUGUAUAAAUAUAAAGCUUAUACCAAUUAUGUAUGUCACAUGAUUGAUGUAUUGAUAUAACUGUUAUACCAACUAUUUAUGCCACGUGAUGAAUGUAUUGAUAUAGAUAUUUUACCAAUUAUUUAUGCCACGUGAUGUAUUGAUAUAACUGAUAUACCAAUGUUUUAUGUCACGUGAUGUAUUGAUGAAGUUGGUUUACCAGUUAUUUGUGUGAAGUGGUGCAUUGGUAUUACUGUUAUACCAAUUAUUUAUGUCACGUGAUGGAUGAAUUGACAUAAAUGUUAAACCAAUUAUUUAUGUCAUGUGAUGUAUUGAUAUAGCUGUUAUACCAACUAUUUAUGUCAUAUGGUUAAUUGUUGUAACUGUUAUACCUGUAAUACGUGUCACGUGAUGAUUACAUUCAUGCCACCUGAUUGAAUCAAACCUGUAAUGCCGUCCGUGUAUAUCACGUUGUUGAAUAGUCAUACCAUUUAUACCGGUUACAUAUGCCAUGUGAUGUAAUUGGUAUAACUGUUAUAAAUGUUGUCUUAGUCUGGUGAUGUCAUUUUAAACAUGUUAUACCAUUCGCUAAUGUCACGUGAUAUACUAGAACAGCCAUUUACGCCGCCACAUCGAGGCGUUGUUACAGUUCCAUUGGUGAUGAUAAUGUGUCUCAAUAGACGUCUACUCACGGGUAGCUAACCACCUGGUUACUUUCUUCAGCACUAACUAUGGUCAGUGAGGUGGGUUCCAGACUAAUCUGGUGUGUGUAAUCUGCAUACCCGUGGUCUGUCAUGUUUUUGUAAUUCGUAUUACUUAUACGUGUUAUUACUAAUGACACGUGUUAUGUUUUGUUAUUGUCUGUUCUAGAUAUUUAUGGUACGUGUGGUUAUGACUUCCGUCAAAGUUGAUUAUGUCAUUUUGUACUCCCGUUUUGUCUUUCAUUUAAUAAACGUUACUAUUUGA